UAUAGAGUUACCUUCCUCCUCUUUUCGGAGGUUUCGUUGUUUGAACCCUAAUACCGUACCAUUCUCACUUCCAUUCCUCCUCCCUCCAACUAACCUUCCCUUCCCUUCAAUUUCUUCUCUAUAUUGUAAUCACUGACACACCGCAAAUCUGCACCGACAUGCACCCUGAUUAAUUAUUCUAGAUUUCAAAGAGGAUAAAUAUUAAAAUCACAAAUCAAAAGCUUACAUUGUCACCCAGAGAUACAUAUAAGACAUGGCUGCAGCAGAGGCAGCUCAAGCUGCCGCUGGUCCACGGUAUGCACCUGAUGAUCCCACCCUUCCUACGCCAUGGAAGGGGCUAAUUGAUGGAAGCACUGGUCUUUUGUACUACUGGAACCCUGAAACUAAUGUCACCCAGUAUGAGAAACCUCCCCCUUUGCCGUCGGGCCCUGCUCCGGCUGCUUCUACACCCAACAUGGCGCCCAUACCCGUGGCUCAUGCGAUGCAAUCUGGUGGGAUGAUGGGGCAGCAUGGGCAGCAAAUGCUUCAGUCCUCUCAACAGCAAGGGAGUAACCUUGCUCAGCAACAUGGGCAAAUGAUGCCACAACAGCAGAGUUCGCAUGUGGCAUCUCAGCAGAAGCCAUCUCCGGUUGCACAAGGGGUGCAACAGCAGAAUUUGCAGUUGGCACAGUCCAUGCCACAACCAGGGUUUAAUCAGGCUGGACAGCAUUCAUUGCAGCAUCAGGGACAGCAUUCAAUGCAGCCUCAGGGACAGUAUCCCAUGCAACCCCAAGGGCAACAAAUGGUCCAGCCUAAAGGGCAGCAGAUGACACAACAACCACAUCAGAUGCAUUAUCAGAUGCAGCCCCAAGGUAUCAAUGCCCAACAUUUUGGUCAAGGAGCAUCUCAGGCUCAGGGCUCACAUUCUGUGCAACCACAAGCACAUCAAUUCGCCCCCCAGAACAUGCAUUAUAUGCCAUAUCAGCCAAACAUGCCUCAACCUGUGCAGCCAAGUUCCCAGCAUAACAUGCAUGGUCAUUCUUAUGAAAACCAACAAGACUUCAAAUCAGCAUUCCCAAAGAUAGAGGAACCAGAGUUUAAAAAUGAAAACCAGGUUGGAGUUUCGCCAUCUAACUAUCAACAAACCAAUCAGAACAUUCCUGCUGGAGUUAGAUCCGGACCAUCUGGGCAAGUGCCAGAUGGAGGUGCAAAUGCUGGUCACUCAAAACAGUUUGGUGGCGCACCAGGAAGCAUACAACAGUCUCCCUCUGCAGUGCCAUUACAACAGGGUAGUUCUUAUCCAGUUUACCAACAUGGUCCUAGCUUUCAAAACCAGAUGGGGCCUGGUAUGAUGCAUGGUCAUCCACCCAAUGUCCAUCCUGGAAGCCAAAAGAUGGGACAUGCAGAUAAUUUUCAUGGUAGAGCUGGGAAUGAAUAUUACUAUAACUCUAGCAAAGAGAUGCCAGCUAUGGGUCCUCAGCAGCCAAAUAUUGCACCAAUACCCAUUUCAACAAAGCAGCAGGAUAUGAGAAUGGGCAGCGGCCCUUUUCAAAAUGUAAUGCCUAGUGGAAAUGGAAGUGGUAUCCCAGGUCAUCCAAUGCACAUGUUUCCACCAGUAGGAGGGCAUCCGCCUCUCUCAAGUAACUCCUUGAAAGGACCUCCUUAUAUGGGAUCUUCAGAUGUUACUGAUAUGACACCUGCUGAAAUUUAUUGUCAGCAACAUGAAGUUACAGCAACGGGUGACAACAUUCCACCUCCUUUUAUGACAUUUGAUGCUACUGGAUUUCCUCCAGAGAUUUUGAGAGAGAUAUAUUCUGCUGGCUUCUCAAACCCAACACCAAUUCAGGCUCAAACUUGGCCAGUAGCACUGCAAGGUAGGGACAUAGUGGCAAUUGCAAAAACAGGCUCUGGCAAAACAUUGGGCUACUUAAUGCCUGCAUUCAUCCUUCUUAGGCAGAGAAGGAAUAAUCCUUUGAAUGGCCCCACUGUCUUGGUUUUAGCUCCAACACGUGAACUUGCUACACAGAUCCAAGAUGAGGCUGUCAAAUUUGGAAGAUCUUCACGUUUCUCUUGCACGUGUUUGUAUGGUGGAGCACCCAAAGCCCAACAGCUAAAAGAGUUAGAUCGGGGAGCAGACAUUGUUGUUGCCACACCUGGCCGACUCAAUGACAUCCUUGAAAUGAAGAAAAUUGACUUUGGGCAAGUUUCACUGCUUGUGCUUGAUGAGGCUGACCGUAUGCUUGACAUGGGUUUUGAACCUCAAAUCCGGAAAAUUGUUAAUGAGAUUCCACCACGUAGGCAAACUCUCAUGUAUACGGCAACAUGGCCAAAAGAAGUAAGAAAAAUUGCCAGUGACCUGCUCGUUAAUCCUGUUCAGGUUAACAUUGGAAGUGUUGACGAGCUUGCCGCAAAUAAAGCUAUCACACAGUAUGUUGAAUUUGUCCCUCAAAUGGAGAAGCAGAGGCGAUUAGAGCAGAUCCUCAGAUCCCAAGAGCGGGGCUCUAAGGUUAUUAUAUUUUGUUCCACAAAGAGGUUAUGUGAUCAGCUUGCCCGUAGUAUUGGUCGCAAUUAUGGGGCUGCUGCAAUUCAUGGUGACAAGUCUCAAAGUGAGAGGGAUUGGGUUUUAAAUCAGUUCCGGAGUGGGAAGUCACCAGUUUUAGUUGCCACUGAUGUUGCUGCUCGUGGGCUUGACAUCAAGGAUAUAAGGGUGGUUAUAAACUAUGAUUUCCCUACUGGAGUUGAGGAUUAUGUACACCGAAUUGGAAGAACUGGACGGGCAGGUGCUACUGGAGUAUCGUACACCUUUUUCUCGGAGCAGGACUGGAAACAUGCAUCUGAUUUAAUCAAAGUCUUGGAGGGUGCAAACCAGCAUGUGCCUCCAGAGCUAAGACAGAUGACCUUGCGCGGACCACCAAACUUUGGAAAAGAGCGGGGUGGGAUGAGUCGUUUCGACUCUGGUGGUGGUGGGCGUUGGGAUAAUGGUGGUCGUGGUGGCAUGAGGGAUGGGGGCUUUGGUGGUCGUGGUGGCAUGAGAGAUGGUGGCUUUAGUGGUCGGGGCGGCAUGAGGGAUGGUAACUUUGGUGGCCGAGGUGGCAUGAGGGAGAGUGGAUUCAGCAAUGAUGGUGGCAUGAGAGAUGGUGGCUUUGGUGCUCAUGGUGCUAGCGGUCAAGGUGGGAGAGGUGAUAUGUUUGGUGGUAGGGGAAAUAGAGGUCGAGGAUUUGGUGGCCCUCGUGGUGGUCAUGCUGGGUGGGGUAGAGGGGAUCGUGGUCCAAAUGACCGAUUCAACAUGGAUGGAAGAGGAAGAGGGCGAGGACGUGGGCGAUUAGACAACAGAAGAGAUGUUGGAUACAGGAGUAGAGGCAGAAGCCGUAGCCGUAGCCCAGAGAGAGUACGAACAUGGGACUAUAGUAGCAGAAGUCGUAGUAGGAGUCGCAGCAGUAGGAGCUGGAGCCGGAGCCGGAGCCGGAGCCGGAGCCGGAGCCGGAGCCGGAGCCGGAGCCGAAGCCGAAGCAGAAGCCGCAGUUGGUCGCGUGGUCGCAGUCGGAGUCGCAGCUAUAGCCCUAGCCCUCGUCGGAGUCGAAGCCGCAGUCGUAGCGGUCGCAGUUACAGCCGCAGCCGCAGCCGAAGUCCCCGUAGAAGUCCCAGCUAUGAUAGGCGUGAUAGGACAGAUCAACACCAUUCUGAUCAAAAGGAUUAUAGAGAACCAGAGGUCCAAGCUCCCAAUCCGGGAGUGUCUCCAAGCUCCCAAGGGCAGCAGAAUUCAAUUUUGGGAACUGAUCAAGUGGAUCAGGCGCCACUGGUUGCUGGGAGCGGUGACCCAGAAGAUCCCAAUGCUCUGGCAUAGCCUUUCAUUUUAAGCUGUUGUUAUGAUCUUAUUAUUUUUAGAGGGCUCUCGAAACUUGUAAUCUUAUUGAUUGGCGGCUAUGUUUAACCUCCCACUUUUUUUUGUUUAUGAUUGGAUUUGCAUGGUGAUUACCACCUGAUGGCAAGCUGAGGUUGAAUCAUGUGAUGGUAGUUUUGUAACUAAUUUUAAAUGCAGUUUCAUGCAAUGCUGCAUUGUUGAGUCACAAAUAUUCGGUUUGGUGAAAUAUGAUAUGCAUAAUUUAUUUUGGUGUAGUCAAAAUUAUUGUAACUACUCAUUAAUUCGUUGGUAUUAUAGUUCUCUUUGGUCUUUA